GAUGAUGACUGCCUGCAGCUGGGUGCAUAUUAUGAGUGUCAGACAUUGUGGAGCAUGUUUAAAAUUCAAAAAUUAAUUCAAGUAAUGCCUGAGACCACGGCUAUUUCAGUGUUAGGUACAACAACCUUCCAUCUCUACCUUGGGGUAGAGAUGAAAUGGAGCCUGACUAACCCAGUGCUUCUCUGCUUGACCUGUCACUGAACAAUAUGACUGGAAUUUCUUUAAGGUCACAGCAAGCUGCUCUUUCAAAACUGUAAAAAUGUAAAUUUUGGCAGCAGAUGCGAACAUACAUAAUUUGGCUUCAAAUGUCAGAUUUUAGCCAACAAUGGGUGUGAUUUUACAAGUGACUGUAAGAGAUUGCAAAUCAUUUAUUUUAUGAAAGGGCUAAUCACACCCACAUUCUCAGUCAUUUUUCUGCAUGUCAACGCUGAUUGUUCACUUUAAGCUAAUUAUACACUGCAGAGUAUGAAGGAACACACACAUAUCUCCAGGCAUGCUGUUGUGUUUGCACUUAAUGUAAGACAGAGUUAGAUUUUUGCUCCGCAUCAUCACGUGUGUGGCAACAAGGUUCCUCCUUGUGCAAACUGAAGCUGAACAACUAAGAGACCAGCAUGUGAACGCUUGAACAACCUGCUCUCAUGCUAAAAACUCAGCUAUAUGCAAAACAGCUAAUCUACGACUAACAUGUUUAUUAUGUUUCUUUGAGGGUUUUUAACACAUAUUUAUAAACACCCUGUAAGUUUUUAUUUCAAAAUCUUCAGUAUUUAUUGUAUUAAAACACUGGUGACUCUCAUGAGAGCCAGAAAAAAAAAAGAUCCAUUAUAGUUUAAGGAAUAAAUUAAUAUAUGGAACAUGAAAACCUCAAAAUCUUGACCUCCUUCUCACCAUCUUUGCUUUCCUACUUUGUUUUAUCCCUGCGAGACCAAGAAAUGUCAGUCAAUGUCUGAGCGCCAACCCCAGCUGUAUAUCAUCUGGAGCAUUACACAUAUUGAGAUCGAACUACAGAGGUAACUUGUGCUUCAGUAGUUAAUAAUGAUGCCACUACAGGAGCAUCCACUGGUGACUGGACUGUGUGCCUCGAUCCAAAAUUCAUCAUAACCCACAGGAUGAAGAGCAAGAACUGUAGAGUGUACUCUUUUGGGUUGGGAGCGGAUGAUUACUCUAUGGAGCAUUUUCUUGCACAAUCAGGUUGUGAGGUCCACUGCUUCGAUCCUAGCAUGGAGCAACCUCACCUACAAAAAGCUGAAAUGUGGUUCCACCGCAUCUCUAUUGAUUGGAGGGACCCCAGUCCAGCAAUUGUUCCUAAAAGACAAGCAAACAGGAAACUGGCCACCAUCCUUGAUGACUUUGGACACAGAGACGUGGAUGUACUAAAAGUAGAUAUGGAGAGCGCGGAGUGGAAGAUUUUGGAGAACCUCGUUCUGGAAGGAGUCCUGGACUCUGUGGGUCAACUGCUGCUGGAACUUCACCUCCACUGGGCGGGCUUUGAGGUGGCCGGCGAUGACCCGUCUGUGGUGCGGUACUGGUUCAGCCUGCUGAAGGAGCUCGAACGAGCAGGUUUUCGCCUCUUUCAAGUCUACAGCAAUCCGAAUAAACCUCAUAUUUUUUUACACAAGAACAUCUUGAAUGCCAGCAGCGCCUACACCCUGAGUUGGGUGAACGUACGGUGGAAGCCUUCAUGGACGGUACAUAAACAUAAGAAAUAAAUUUUUUAUUCUCGGCCUCUGGUCUGUGACGACCUCUCACAUAGAUGAAGUAAUUACUUCCAGAGACUCUGUAUUUGUUGGCUGCAGGUCAGCCUGGUUUAGACAUUCUUGAAGCCUGGCUCACAGCCAGCUGUUCCCUCUUUGUAAACAUCUAUGGCCAAAAGACCACACAAGAUUGUACAGUUGUACAGUGGAUAAAAACAUACAUAAUAUUCCAAGGAGAAAGUAAAUGAAAGAACCUGCCUCUCUGAAAGUAAGUAAAUAUAAAAAAGUAACAAUUUAUCCUACCUACAAAAGGCAGUAUGCUAUUUACAAGAAUACAAUCCUUCUCCAGACACUUUAUAAGGGACAGCUUGCUAGUAUCUUUUCCUUUUCCAUUCAGGGCAUAGAUUCAACAAUGUGUCAGAAACAUUCUUCACAGAUUUUAUUUAAUAUUGACAUGACAGCAUCACACAAGUCCUGCUGAGUGGUUGGUUGCACAUCCAUGAUAGGAAUCUCUCGUUCUGCCGCAUCCCAAAUGUGCUCUGUUGGACAGAGAUUUGGUGACUGGCAGCCAGUGGAGUACAUCGAGAUCAAUGUUGUUAAAGAAACCAGCCUGGGAGGAUUUUAGCUGAGCUAUGAGGUACUAAGUCAUCCACCUCCUACUGCCUGGAAAGUGAAAUCCUAGUUCCAUGUUAUCUGACCAUCUAAUAUUUGAAUGUAAUAAGUCAAGUGGUUUGAUGUUUUCUUGUUUAUUCUCUUUGGUGAGCUUGUUCAAACUGUAGCCUCAAAUUCUUGUUCUAGCUGGCUGCCACAUCACCUAGUAGGACCAUUUGAGGCAGCAGCGCAUCUGGUUCAAGGUUUUCUAUUGCUUCCUUGAAAGCCUCUUUAAUCAAACUCAGCGUAUUCCACCGAGUCUGAAGAGGGUUUCCGAUACCUGAGAUUACAUAUUACAGCUGUACAUACCCCCCUCCCUCACCAACAACAACAACAAAAAAAAAACUUAAGCUGAUCCCCCUUUACCCCCUGUUAAACUCAUCUGGAACCGAGGCUGGGCUGAAUAUUUGUCCAAUCUUACCGGUAAUCGCUGAGAUUUUUUUUUUUUUAAUUGAUUGGGUUUCUGGUACGAAAAGUAGUUUUGAACAUAUCUUCAAUGUAACUUGGUGUGUUGUUGUCCAAUUAAAACACCCAAUUAUGUUCAAAGUUGAUCAUUUCACCUAAAUCUGUAUAAUGAACCAACCACACAUCAUAAUCAUGCCACCACCAUGCCUGACAGUUACAUUUUCUUAUGUUUGAAAGAUUCACCUUAAAGCUGCAGUAUGUAAUUUUUAAAAAUAUAUAUAUAUUUUUUUACAUAUUUGUGGAAACUGUCAAUGCUGUAAGAAAUUAGCUCCUUUGCUAUCUCCCUGUGCUAACCAAUCAGAGCCAGGAGGUGGGUCUUAGAGCUGUCAAUCACCCUCUGUGUGCUUGUUUGAUUAUUCAAUUACAAAACCAGUUUUGAUGGGAAUUUAGGACAGAGAUCUGCAACCAGUAGCUACAGAGAAAAAUUUUGCUCUUAAAUCCCUCCCAUGUUGGUUCUCGCUGCAAAAAUUAUACUUUAAUGAACAUGUUACAUAUGUAGAGAAAAAUGUAAAUAAUUGUUUUUAGAGUUUAGACUGGGCCUAAAAAUCCAAGUAAGUCAAUGCUUUAUAUUCUGUCCUUUAUUUUUGGGCUAUCUUCUUUAAAGAACUCAACUAGCCUCAGUCAGCUCAACAUAUUUCUUUCCCCUAGGAAAACAGCCACAUGAGAUGACGCUCCCAGCACUGUAUUUCACAGUUCUGCUCUUCCCCUUUUUCUUCCUAAUGUAACAAUUGUCAUUAUGGCCAAACAAAUUAAUUUUAGAGUGUUUUCCCACCUAAUAGUCCAGUAGACUUGGUUUGACUGGGGACCAAGGUUGCAACAUUUGUUACAUUUUUAGCUGCUAUGUUUCACUUUCACUCUGCACUGUCAAAAGAACGCCAGGUGGCGCUGCACCAAGUACCACUUAAGGAAACGACAUAAAAACGCCUGUAGAAGACAUGGGUUCAACUUCUUUCUUUGCGAAAUGUCAACAAAAAUGGAUUAGCGUCGGAUUUUAUUUUGGUAAAAGAACAUGAGCCACGUUCCCCCUCUAGGUAUAUGCUAACGCGUUUGUUUAGGUUGUAUUUACCCAAAAUGCCCUGAGCUGUAGUCCACUUCCUGCUUCUGGUGCUGUCUCCAGUCCGCUUGACGUUUGUACGCAGUCAAACUGCAGCAGAGUUCACGCCUACAAACCCCGGUUUGUAGGCGGGUUUAGCUUUUUUUAGUCCGCAAACGAAACAGACUUUCUACAAUCAUGCGUAUGUAGGCGGUAACUAAUAAAAAUUACCGCCUACAUAAAAAGUUACCGCCUAAUAAAAGUAACGCCUAAUAAAAGUAACAUCCACAUCAGUAGCAGGACCCACGGUUUCCGUGGGUUACCCUACACAUCUAAGUGCCUGAGCUAGUUUGAUUUCCUGCAGCUCCACCUCUCACAAAUUCUUGAAUGUGAUUGUCCUUGUUUGUAUGCGCACCUUUUUGAGUUACAUAUUUGCUUUCAAUUUAAUUUUCCAUUAGCAUGGGAAAUUAAAUGAGGCGGUUCUGUGCCCAGAACAGUCAGAACAGGAAGAACAGGAAGCUUUAGCAAUUUUUGUUGCCUAUAUCCCACUAACAGGUAGAUUAACUAAGACAUAAUCUUUGUCAUUCACUUCAACUUUUAUGGGUCAUAAAGUUAGGAUACUGAGCAUUUUGUGGGUCUAAUUUCUAGAUCUAGAAUAAGUUGAAU